AUGGCGUCUCAGAAAGCGGCACUGGGUAGCCCACUUCCCUAUGGCGAAUUUUUGGCUAAUGGGCUCAACAAUGAAGACCCUCUGCCUCCCAAUCACCCGACCAUUGGCUACAGAGUAAAUCAUACCAUGCUGAGGAUUCGUGAUCCUGCCAAAUCCCUCCAUUUCUAUAUAGAGCUCAUGGGUAUGCGCACCGUUUUCGCUUUUGGCCUCGGACCAGUCGAUGCGUAUUACGUGGGCUACCCCAAAACCCCAGAACACCGGGCCGACCCGAAAAAGUUUGGCAAAGAGACCUUGGAGGUACUUCGCCAAACAGAGGGACUCUUGGAAUUGAUUCACGUUAAAGGUUCAGAAAAGCAGCCUGAAGGGUAUUACCAGAAUGGGAACGAUCCACCAAAUCUUGGCUUUGGUCACCUAGGCUUUACUGUCCCGGAUGUUCCUGCAGCUCUCCAACGACUCAAAGAGCACGGGGUUGAAGUUGUCAAGGAUCUUGGAGAAGAGACCACCCUCGACUCAAUCAAGGUGUCCAAGUGGGAAAAUGAACGGGGUGUAGGUGUUUCGGUGCCAGGAACCGAUACCGAGCUGCACCAUUCUUUCAGGGAGAUUCUAAAAAACAUCGCAUUCAUCAAGGAUCCAGACGGCUAUCUCAUCGAGCUGAUACCGCAGCAUAUAGGUAUCUAA